AAGAGGUGUCACAUGACCUGUCAAGUAGGAAGUGUCUAGUUUAGCCCUCCAGCACACAAACGCAAGACGAAGGAAGGAGCCCAGAAAUCAUCACCGUCUUCGUGUCGUCGUUUUUCCCCGGUAGAGAUUGAUAUAUUUCGCCGUUUCGAAUUGAAGUCGCUCAAUUAAUCGUCCGCAGUCAUGAACGGGAAGGUGUUUUUUUUCUUCGCCGCAGCCUUGGCUUUGAUUGGCGCAUCUGCCGCGUCAGACUCAGAUGGAUGUCUUGCCCUCUCAUGUGCUGCUUGUGAAAGCACGAGUGACUGCCGAUGGGCCAACUGCACAUCAUCAUCCCUGGGUUGCCACAAUAUUACUCUUGUGGAAGCAAACGACACCUGUAGCAACGCCAGCUGCUCUGCUGUUGUGACGUCAACAGUCCAGACUGCCAUUCCCUCAUCCGUUGCCUCUACCACUGCCAUCCCCCACACCUCUGUUGUUCCCACCUAUAACAGCAGCAGCCCUCUGCCCACCACAGCUACAGACAACACAACCAACAUUCCCACUGCUGCUCCAACGCCCAAUGUUAACACCUCCACCACCGCCAUUGUGUCUACUGCGUCCUCUAAUUCAAGCACCAUCCAUACUAGCGCCACCCCGGUCACAUCCUCUCCCGCUCCCCAUAAGAACUCAACCUUCGAUGCCGCCAGCUUCAUCGGCGGCAUCGUGCUGGUGCUGGGCCUCCAGGCCGUCAUCUUCUUUCUGUACAAGUUCUGCAAGUCCAAGGACCGCAACUACCACACCCUUUGAAACCGCACCGCACAUUCAAGGUCCACAAUCUCUCAGCUAAUAAUACCCCACAUAGCAAAUCUGUUCCAUACCUUUCUCCCCCAUCGUGAUGGACUCAAACAGUGUUUCCAAACAUCUACAUCUUUGUGCAACUCUUGCUUUCCGACAUCGGUCAGUAUCAAGACACCCAUGCAUGCUUUGUUUGGGUGAUUGCACAUCUCAUCAGGUAUUAUCUGAUAGAUAUACUACAUAUACAGCAGCUUUGAUUUGGAACCACUGUUUGAUUUCUCAAUGUGACAGCAAUGGUUGAGCUUCGCGUUUAGCCAGUUGACUCCGGGCUUGAUUAUUCCCGCCCCCUUACACAGUUUUGUCUUGUAUAUGUUGGUGAUAGAUUAUAUAAAAGAGGAUAUCAUCCCCACGAGGGGUUACAAUCAACACACUUAAAAAGCCAUCGAUGAGGCGAGUGGCUCCUCUCUAGGAGGGCUGUAGAUUUUCAGUUUUUGUGGUUGACUUUCUGGGCAAAGAUCACCCAAAACGAGUUCUAAAGAUAACGCUGCCUAAGGAGCAGUUUGAUGCAAUAAAACAUCAAGUCCAUUUCCUGUCUUAUCACCUGGUUUGGUCGUCAAGGUAGUCUCUAAAGAUUGUACAGUAUUUUUAGGAAUCUAGCGAAUGUGCUCCAUGUAUAGAAGAAGACAAAUGGAAGCGGCGUGCACUUUUCCUUGGUGUGGUAGUAGGUGGUAAUAGGUGUUAAGUGCCUUUUAAUGUCCAGUGUGGUUUAAGUGAGGGAAGGUGAUUGUAUUUCUACCUGAUGGAGGCCUGAGUGUAAUUAAUUGUAUCCCAGCUGGACUGAAGACCCUUAGUUAAUGAAGACCAUAGAACAUAAGAAGCUUUAGCAUUCAAGGCGUAGGAGUGUUAGUCAUAUUUAACAUCUAGUUUAAGUCCCCCCCCCGGGUGCAUGCAUGGUCUUCUCACUCUGUCGCCUUCCAAUGUGGGAGGCUUUAAUAGUAAAACACUUGAGUAUCGACAGGGUUUGAGUUACAUUAAGGAAAAAAAACUAGUUGUAAGUGAGAGGUUGGCUGCUGCUGCGUGAUUUUCAUUUGGUCUCUACCCUGUGCUAAUUAGUGUCUGGAAUUGUAGCUGUGAAGUUCAGGGAAGGCUUAAUGAAGGAGCAUUGAUCUGCAUUUUUGCUUGUCAUUUCAUUGUUUUUGUUCAACCCCCACAAACACUUUGUUUUGCAUGCUGGAUGCAUCGUUCAUUCUGACACUUGCCGUUAAGCCUGAAAUUAUUCAUACUGGGCUAAUUUUGAGUUAAAAUACAUUUUUGGGACAUGAGAAAAUGUUCAAGACUAAGUUGCUUAGGGAUGUAAAAUAUUUCCCAUUUUCAUUUUUUUGGUUUUGCUUUUUGAUAAGUUCCACAUCUAAAUUAUUCCUACCCUUUUAUAUCUGAUUAUUCUCAAUCUGUAGUUGAUUAGAAUGGUCUCAUGUACCUUUUAAAUAAGUCAUGUUUUGAAAUGUACUGCACAUAAUGUAAUGAUAAAGAACACAGAAGCCAGGGAUUUAGUACAGCAAACAUGGAUGAAAAGGCCAUUUGUGCUUGCUUGAUCAUCACUAAAACAGAUGACAGCAUUGUAAUGGACGACAAACAUUUUACCUAAAUCCAGAUUUUUAUGAUGUUACAAUUUACUAGCCUUUAAGAAGUGAAAUAUACCCAUUCAAUGAAAAAAAAAAAAAAAAAAUCACUUUAGCUCCAGUUGUUUUUUUGUUUUGUUUUUUUCCAGUUUAUGAAUGACUUGUAGCUUAAUUGUACAUGCGCCUAUGGAUUUCACACUCUGAAAAACCACUUAAGUCGUAAGAAUGCCUUGAAACAGCAAGCUGUACACCCAAAUCCCUCCGUUUUGGCAUGGAACGCAAGCGCUGCACUGACCAGCUUUGUUUGUACCAGUAGUACACGUGUUUGUAUGGUUCUGCCAGGAAAAACUAACUAAAAAGCUUGUGUGUGUAGAAUAUUAACCCAUCUGAAUGAUAUUUUAUGAUAGUUAUAACCUGGUGGCAUUAGGCUACAGCCCAAAGACACACGCCUUAGCCGUGCCUCAUUUCUGCUCAUUCAGUGGCCAGAUUUAGAGAAGUAUUUGUUGACCGGUCACCAUGCAGUUGCUGCAUUCCUAUGGAAAAAAAAAAAAAAAACCCAUCACAUGUUGCUGUCUGGCAUCCAACACAUGUUCAUUGUGUGCUUCAUACUCAGUCACCUGCGCAUCUUCAGGAAAAGUGCCUUAUUAUUCAGUUCCAUGUUGGUUUGUACAGCUCCAUGGCUCUUCAUAGACAUGAUAACCAGUACUUUCAAACCCAUUUAGGUAGCGGUAGUGUGAUUUUGUUUGCUCUGUCACGCCCAGCCUUAACUUUGAAAUCAUCUGCAUGAUUGUGAAUGCAACUCACCUUGUUUAAAUGCUGCUACAAUGGCUGCCAAGAGCCACUGGGUGGGUGCCCACUAAAAUAUCUCCUCCAAUCAAUCAGUGGCCACUUUUUCUUUGUAUUUUUUUUAAUAGUGUAACUCAUUUUGUCCCAUCCAAAGUCACCAAGCGGUACGGUUUGGAUUAGGUUUGCGUUUCCAGGAUUGUCAACGCUCUUGCGUGUCUAGCUCCGCCCACGGCAAGCAUUCUAAAGAUGGAUGAUUUAUGUUAGCUGUCUUAUAAAUAUAAACGCGUUCCGAACCGAUCAAAGCCCUUUUUCCACCAAGCAGAAUGGUUCGGAUCAGGUUUCCCCUAGAUGGCGCUAGCUGUGCGAGCUAUGGAGUGCGUGACUCCAAUUUAUGAAAUCUAUAAAAUAAGUUUUGUUUUGUUUUGUUUUUUUGGGGGGGGGGGGUUCUUUCUAUUCAGUUAAUGGUGAUGUAAAAUAAAGUAACCUAACAACCAAUCAGCACAGCAUUGUGUCUAGCUCCGCACUCGACAAGCAUUCAAUGAUAAAUGGAAAUAAAGAGCGUACCGAAACGUACCACUCGGUACAAAGUUGAAUAACAUGGGACAGAAUGACUUCUCAAGCUUUAAGAAAAAAAAAAAAUCAAACACUCCUGCCCCUUUCAGUCCAAAUGCUUGCAUGGCUUGAUCUCUCUGACACACACACACACACACACAGACAGACAGACAGACAGGAGUGCCAUCCGUUUGUUGCAUUGCCUUAUCAAAGCCAUCAGUGAGUCAUCUUGGUACGAUUCUUUAUGGCUUCACCCUGCUACGUAGAAAUAAGCUCUUUUGUUGUCUUUCUCUCUCUCUCUCUCUCUCUCCAUGUGUUUGCAUUGUUUUCUAGUGUUGCCUUAAGUUCCAGCCUGUUGACCCAAUAAAGUUUGUUCAAUGAA